AUGGAAUUAAUGAAAGCAGAUGAAGUAAAGUUGGAUCAACAUCUCUGGCUUAUUCAAAUCAAGGAAGGCCUGCAAUUUCAGGAUGAGGAAGAAGAAGAAAAGGAGUUAUGUGUAUCCGUUUUUGGUGUGCCCAAGGAGCUGUUGACAGUAAAGCCAGAAGCAUAUAUUCCGCAGUGCGUCUCCAUUGGACCUUAUCACCAUUGGAGGUCCCAACUGUUCGAAAUGGAGAGAUACAAAAUAGCUGCUGCGAAAAGAUUUGAGAGGACGAUAACCGGUAAGUUCGAAGCUGUAGUGGAAGAGAUGAAGAAGUACGACUUGCAAAUCAGGAACUGCUACCAGAAAUUUCUUGACUACAGGGAGGAAGUCCUUGCAUGGCUCAUGGCUCUGGACGCGUCGUUCGUGCUCGAGUGCAUGCAGUUCUACGUGAAACGAGCGGAUCGCACUUCUUCGCAAGAGUCAUCCCAGGUGAUGCGAUUAGGCAGAGUUUUAGAUAGAACUUGCAGAAGUGCAACCCACAAUUCAAUUAUGAGAGAUCUGAUGAUGCUCGAGAAUCAGUUACCUUUGUUCCUCUUGCAGAAGCUGCUAGAAAUGCAGUUGGGUUGUCAAGAUAAGGCGGAAGAAAGGCUCUCCAAUCUGGUGAGUCUUGUCUGUCAAGAAUGA